AUGAAUUUGUCCAUACUUGCUCUUGCCGCGGUUGCUUCGGCCCUGCAGAUUUUACCUCCAAUUGAGUGGGAUCAGCAGGACUCAUAUUCGGACGCGAAGCGUGGAUUUUCUCUCAAAAAAGCCGACCAUAUUAUCUAUCUUCAGGAUGAUCUUGCUCACUGGCGGGAUCAAAAUGGCCUUACUUUGAUUCCACCGUCAGGGUUGGAGUUUGCCCGCACGCUCCGUAAGGAUCUUGAAGAGAUCACCAACUCUUCGUGGCAGAUUCGAACGGUCAAAGAACCACCAAAACAAGCAUUGGGAGUGUUUCUCAGUCGCUCCAAGACGCCAUCUGAUUUCACAUAUGAAGAUGGAACGGUGACAGAGGAAGGUUAUGAAUUGAUUGUCGAACACAACCGCGUUUCGAUCCAGGGAUCGGGCGCGCGAGGAAUGUGGUGGGGGACACGAACGCUGUUGCAACAACUCAUGUUAAGCCCUCAUGCCACUAUUCCAGCCGGUCGCGUCAAGGAUGCGCCAGCCUAUGCGACGAGAGGAUUCAUGCUUGACGCAGGGCGAAAAUGGUACUCCUUAGACUAUCUCAAGGACCUCUGUACCUACGCCUCGUUCUUCAAACUCUCCGAGUUUCACUACCACGCGACCGACAAUUAUCCGCUCAGCCGAGGCCCAAAUGUGGCGUGGAAUGAAGUACACUCCCAAUUUUCGCUUCGACCAGACAAUCCGGACCUUCUGCCUCUUGUACAACGAGAAAAUGAAACUUUGUCGCGUGCCGACUUCGACGACUUUCAAAGUCACUGUGCUGCCCGGGGAGUGACGGUGAUUCCCGAGAUCGAAAGCCCAGGUCAUUGCCUUUCCAUCACAAAAUGGAGACCAGACUUGGCUUUAAAGUCGCGCGAUCUUCUGAAUAUCUCCCAUCCUGAUACUGUACCCCUAGUGAAAUCUAUUUGGUCGGAGUUCCUGCCUUGGUUCCACACAAAAGAGGUGCAUAUCGGUGCUGAUGAGUAUGACUUGACCUUGGCGAAUGACUACAUUGCGUUUGUGAAUGAAAUGUCUCAAUUUGUCCGUGAGACUUCUGGAAAGCUGAUUCGCAUCUGGGGCACUUAUGAGCCGUCCGAGAUGCUGUCAAUCGAUAAGAACAUCACGAUCCAACACUGGCAGUACGGGCAAUCGGACCCAGUGCAGCUCGCCCGGGAUGGCUAUCAAGUUAUCAAUUCCGAGGAUUGGUGGGCUUACAUGUCUCUGAAGAACAAUCAUGUUCCUAUAUCCCCGGCGCCUUAUCCGCAAUUUUUCAACAAUGCCCGAGUACUAAAUUUUGCCGAUAAGGAGGGGUGGCAGUGGACUCCGCAACUGUUCAACCCCGUCAACAUAACAGAACAGCCUGAGCAGAAGGCGGUUCGCGGGGCGAUCCUUGCUGCUUGGAACGACAACGGACCGGACGCAACUACUCAAUUGGAGUCUUAUUAUGCUAUUCGAAAUGGGAUUCCUGUGGUUGCGUCUCGCACAUGGACCGGCAGCCGAGGGCCACGACUAGAUGAAGCAGGCCUCGAAGACGCAAUUGAGAUCCUAACUUCCAACGCAGUAGGAGAGAAUCUUGACAGAAAAAUUUCAAGGAAGAAGAAUACGCGGGAUCCUUUGAUCUCGUGGAACAAACCACGCACAAAUAAUGCACGCGACCAGAUUACCCUGGGAUACGGAAGCAAAGGAAUGAACUAUACUUUGCAACUUAGUGUCGAGGGUCCCUUCUCCCUCGAAUCAAACGACACAAUUCUUUCCCUUUCCGAGACUGGUCAAUUGACCUUCACUGCGGACGGCUGGCCAUAUCCCCUUCUUUCCGUUGCCGAAGGAGAUGGGUUCCACUCAGAUGCCAUUGGAAGGAUUUGGGCCAACGCUACUAGCUCGACCCAUGAAGUUGUGCAGGUACCCCAGAAAUGCGAAAUUACUAUCACAUCGGACACAUUUACUGGAAGCCGGGUGUGGGUGAAUGAUCAAUUUGUGGGGCGGUUCGAAGUAUUUGUGUACGGUGGAAAGAAUCGGGUCUUCUCCUGGAGCCAGAUGGCCUUUGUGGCACCGUUAGAAGUGCUUAGAGGAACAGGACUUGAAAGGAUAGUAUUAUACUGA